AUGCAGCAUCAGGAAAGGGACGAGCAGCUCCAUAGUUUCUGGUGUUCGCAGAUGGAAUCCGUCAGGGAUUUCAAAAGCCAUCAGCUUCCUUUGACUCGGAUUAAGAAGAUCAUGAAAUCUGAUCGCGAUGUUCACAUGAUCUCUGCCGAGGCUCCUAUCGUCCUCGCUAAGGCUUGCGAGAUGUUCAUCUUCGAUCUCACCAGGCGUUCAUGGGUCCAUGCCGAGGAGAGCAAACGCCGCACGCUCCAGAAAUCCGAUAUCUCCGCCGCUGCUUCUCGUACCUUUGCUUUCGACUUCCUUCUCGACGUUGUUCCCAGAGACGAAUCUGCACUCGCCGCCGCCGCUGAUACCAGUUUCAUGCCCAUGCCUCAUCCUGACGCUGGAGUCACGCCGUACUAUUAUCCGCCGGGAAUGGUCACUGGGAUUCCGGUUGCUGUCGGGGGUGGAAUGUACGCGGCUCCGCCACAGGACGGAGAGGAGGAGGCUGGGCAAAGUGGAGGAAAUUCAAGUGUGGAUUUGGGGGUUUGA